UUCGUAUGUUGUCGAUACCUCAAUCGCUCACACGAUUCAAUGACAAGAUCUGAUUGAAGACGCUGCAUUGAAUUUCCACGCCCAUCGAAGGUAUUUAACCAUUCUUUUAUAUUUCAGAUUCACCUGCUAUCAACUUUUCCAUUCAAUUUGAGUUUGGCCACCAGAGCAUCAAACACGUCUCUUCGUUUGAGUUCACAAUACGUUUGCGGUCUCCAAAGACGUGAGAGUGCAAGAAACCUUAUCCCCAGCACGCACAUGCACACGAGUUGUGACACUGCGAGUACGGUAGUUUCAGUUUUCUUCAGCCCGGCCUGCCGAUCGUGGAAGAGGCUUCCUUCUCUGUGCGAGUGGAGAAGAGAAUGGAAGUUGCAGGUACGUCCAUAGUCCGUCACGCGGCUGAGACACGGGCAAUGGACUCUGCAGAAGAGGAACCGGAGCUUCCCUCCGUUGUCCAGGACCUUAUACGGCGUCUGGAAGGAGAAGGCGAGCCUAUAACGAGUCUUGACCAGUUACGCGAGCCAGAAUUUCGGGAUUUCUUUCCGAAUCGUGCAUCGCUCUCCACGAUCACAGGUUGGCGAAGCCAAGUGCGCUUUCGAGUGCUGGAAGCAAUCGGCAACUGCAACACCCUUGAGUAUCUGUACUUAGAAGAUAUCUGUGGCAGAGAUAUAUCGACGUUGACCGCUAGCGAGUGGGAGGUAGUUUUCAAAGGUUUCAGGUCUAGCACCGUUCUACACGAGAUAGCUGUUAGUUGUAUGGACUGGAGUUCAGAUGCGGAAGUGGAGAGCUUCUGUUUGCAGAUAGGGAGAAUUCUGAAUUCUUCAAGCGUAACACAUUUGACAAUAUACAAUUGCAGAUUGAGUGCCAGAUGUUUCUUGAAUCUCGCCUCAGGAAUGCGAGGAAAUUUUGAAUCUAACCUCAAGUUGUUAAAACUAUGGGACGCGUGGGAGGACUCGAGUGCGGUGAAGCAUGUGGGUGACAUGAUCAACAGUGCUCCUCGAUUAGAAACCUUGAGUUUAGGCUAUGUAGACGCCAUGGAGGAGGAGACCGUUGGAAUCCUGUCCCAGGCUUUGAUCCAAAGCUCAUCUUUGAAAGAAUUGGAAUUAGAUGAUGUGAAGUGGGGAGCGGCCUUGUUGCUGAAAGCUCUGUCCGGAGAUUAUAGCAACCGAUCCAUUGAACAUCUUCGGCUGGAGAGAAUGGAUAGACUCGGAGGUUGUUUAGGGGAACUUCUUACUUCCAACCCAUCAUUGAAGAGAGUGACGUUGGACUCCUUGCGGAUGAGUUGUGAGGAAUGGCACCAGCUCGGCGAAGUCAUACGUGACAAUGAUAUAGCAGCGAAUAUUAUUGUAACGUUUAGUUUGAUUGUAAAUAGAGAGUACUGGGAGUCAAUAGAAUGUCUUGCGUGUGCUGCUAGCUCCGAUGUCAAGGACCCCAUAGUGGAGCUUCAUCUCAUAACACGUUCCAGUGACCAAGACUGGAUGUUAUCAUUAAACCUAUUAGGUAGGGUACUGCGCGGGGAUAUCAAAUCUCUAAAAUCUUUCAGUAUAUUGGAGUCCUCUUAUGGCACUUCCGGUAGCAACCAAGAUAAACAGGAAAGUAUACUCCCGAUGAAUGGAAAAACUGGAGAAACUUCCGUCCUGAAGAGACUGGUAUUACAUGUUCAAAGCAAAGGUCUUUGGAAGGGAGUAUGGAAGGACCUGCUUUGGUGCUUGAGAGGGAACACAAGUCUCACUCACUUGGAUUUGUCUGUCAAGACACUCGACGAAGAGGCGUUCAGAGACUUGAUGGGGCUAUUGCAAGUGAACUUGUCUCUCCAUGAAAUAAAUGUCUCAGGAACCUCAUGGGCAAGGGACGGAAAGGCGGCGCAGAUUGAAGAGGCACUAAAGCAAAACCAGAAGCGGGCUCUCUACAUGGCCGUAUUCAGAGAAGCCAAAUUAACAUUUGGAGAUGCAAAAGCUGGUCGACUCUUUUUAUGCGGCUUUCCUAGAGCAGGCAAGACCAAAUUGCGUCAAACCUUGAUGAGGAUUGUUCAAGGCAAAAGUUGGCUUGGGAACAAAUGGGACGAGUUGUGGAGAACAAAAGGCAUCGAAGUGGAGUUCUUGCAAAACAAUGACAAAAGUCAAAUUUCAAUUUGGGAUCUUGCAGGACAAGAAGUCUUUCGUACCCUUCAAAGUGUGCUAUUCCCUCAAACCAGCAAUUUUUGUAUUUUUCUAUUUGUGUAUAGUCACUUCUGUGAAAAAACAUCUUUAGAAAAAUCAGAAUACUGUUUUCAAACAGAGUUGGAAGAGUGGUUGAGUUUCAUCACAUCGAGCACUAGGGUCACAGGACAUAAUCGUCCACAAGUUCUUGUUGUGAUUUCACACAAGGAUAAAGCCAAAUCCAGCUCUUUGAGUUGGGCUAACUCAAUAGUAGAUGAGCUCAGCAAAACAUUUGCAAAAUUUGUGGAUCUUCACCCCAUUCAAGAGUGUUUUCAUGUGGAUACUAGGAAGAAGAAGCAAGUUUUUCCUCUCAAAAAUCACAUUUUUGAGAUAUUCAAGAAGCUCUUGAGUGAAAAAUCUCCACGAGUUCCCCAAUUGUGUUCUCAACUCUCGUCUCUCAUGAUUACAAACACCAAAGAAAACAGAAGUUUCCCUCUUUGGUCAUCUGACAAGUUUCAUUCCUUCUGUGACCCCAUCUUGAAACAGUUCAUUCCAUCCUCUUCUGUUCUUGCCGUUGAUCAUUCACGGAUAAUGAACUCUAUAGUAUCCUAUUUGAAUGAUGUUGGAUCCAUCGUUUAUAUCCCUAACCUUGAUUAUAUCAUUGUGGAUCCAAACUGGCUCACCAAUACAUUAUUAGGUGAGCUGGUAGCUCUAGGUCAAGAAUUUCAAGCUCAAGAAUCCAGGUCUUCUAACAAAAUUGUGUCAGGCGACUCAUACAUGAGGAAGGAUGGAUUUGUGAGUGAGAGUGUCUUUGAUCGGUUGAUGAAGGAGUUUUUGCAAAAACAACCACAUGGCCAGAGAGGUGUGGAUAGAGAUGUGAUUGAAAACAUACUCAUCAAUUUGGAUUUGUGUUUCAAGCUGGAAGAUUCUUCUCAGUAUUUCAUUCCCUCCUUCGUACCUGAGCAUGCAAGCAUGGAAGGACAGAAGCAUCAAGAAGUAGAUCACAUGGAGUCUAGGGCUUGGGAAACUAGGGGUGAGACUUCACAAUUUGUGGGCAUUCGGGUUCAAUGCCAAGAUGGAAGAACAAUGUCAUUGACCGCUGCUUUUUUUCCAUGCUUUCAGAUGUUCAUGAGGCGCAAGUUGAUAUCGGAUAUGCUUGUUUCCAAGGAGACUGUGACCUGCUCUCGACAUUUUCUGGAACUUUUCCUUGAUGGACAUCAGAUUUUUGUUCAGCAAGGAAGGUCCCACAAAUACGUGGAUGUUCUGAUGUUAUGCUCGAAGCAUAAGUCAAGAGAGGGGGCUAUGAAAUACCUGAUGAAGCAUAUCGUCCAGGAGUUGAUAUCGUUUUGCGCAUCACCCAAAGGCUGUCCCGGGGUGGCAUUGGUGCUCGGAGUGAUCCAAACACUUUGCGUUGAGAUGCUAAUUCCGAGUCAUCUGAGAGGGGUGAUUCUGAUCGAGAAGCUCAAAUCUGAAUUCCUUCGUAGCAUCAAAGACAAACUUGAGUACAUUCCGUUGGAUAAGUCGCACUUGGAGAAGGAGGAAGAGUUGUUCAACUAUGAGCACUGUUGGCCCUUGAUUGAAGGAUACACAGCACAGGUAAUAUUUGAAAGAGCUAGCGACUUGAUGUGGAAGAGCGAGGUGGAAGCGGUUGUGAAUGAGAUCCGAGAAAAGCGAAUGCAACAAUUGGAGUCAUUGCAACUUGGCCUUAUCCAACGAUUGGAGUCAUUGCAGCAAGGUUUAAUCAAAGUGAAUGAUGAUUUGAUUCAUUCUGACCCUGAAAAUGAGAACAUGGCUACGGAUGCAAAUUUUCCUGAUAUGAAAGAUUCCAUUCGACCUCCAUCCAGGUGCUUAAUUCGGGCGAGCACAAGUGUAGCAUAUCGAUCUACCCGACUUGAGAAUAAGAUCGAUCAGCUAGUACACAAGGUUGAUGAUUUGGAUGAGAGGUUGAGAUCAGUGGAGAGCAUUGUGCAGAGAUUGGAUCUUAAGUUGGGAGAAAUAGUAUCUUUGCAACAAGUACUGCAGUCAACUUUGAGUGCAUUCAUGUCCAAAGUGGACAGUUUCAUUCAGUACUCUCAUUCGUUUCAGCAGGGGAGAACUCCCAAGCGACCUUACGUUACGGACGAUGUUGGCCUAUUUUAUAAGAUGAGUGCACUUUUGCGUGUCGGGACAACCAUUCGCUUACACUUGAUGUGUGAGUCGGCGACUGGGUUUCAUCCCGUAAGAGAUCAAGAAGGUUUGAGGAUACGCUUAGAUCGAGAGAAUUUUGGGUGGAUUCGAAAAACUAUUGAAAUCUCAUUCAAAGUCAUUUAUUAUGCUGUGAAGGGUGGACUGGAUGCGACCCUUGGGUUGGGCGAAGCGAUUCCGGGUUGGGAAGAUUUAAAAUCUGAUGUUGUUAAACUAGAUGGAAUUAGCAGUCGUGAUCGUAGGGCAGUUCUUAAAGGUGGGGAUAGCAAGGAGCUGAAAGAAGCAUGGUUGAGAAUUCAGCAAACUCUUGCCCCUCAGCUUCAAGAUAGCUUUUCGUCAAUCUUCAGGUUGUAUCAAGUGAAAUACGUGAGACCAGAAUUAGGUGGGCAUGCAUGGGUGUGCGAGGAGUGCAUGGUAAAAGGUCGUCGUUCUGGCAUUUUGACAUAUUAGGAAUUCGAAAAGGUUAGAAUGUCAUUAUGCAAUUGACAAGCAUAUGUUUAGACCCUCAUGCAAUAUGAUCCCCUCGUAUGAUCAGGAUGUAAAA